CUGGGUCCCCGAAUCCACAGCUUCCUUCGGCUGCCGGGGUGUCCGGUGCCCUGUGACCGGCCUGUCCCGCUGUGCCCGCGCUGCUGCUGCUGCCACCGCCGCUGUCGCCGUCGCUGUCGCUGCCGCCGCUGCACAACGCGGGAGACGCCUACGAGCUGGUGAUUGGAGCCCAGAUCGAGCCCGAGCCCCCAGCUCUGCCCCAGGAGCCCAGGCCGCCCCGUCGCCCCAGUUCCGGCUGCAGGAGAGGAGCCAUGAGCUACGUCCUGAAUGGCCUCGUCCCCUUGGGGCUGGUGCUGCUGGUCUGUGGAGCCCAAGGCUUUUUCCUGCCCAACGUCACGCACUUGGAGAAGCUGCUCAGCAAAUACCGGCAGGACGAGCCGCACUCGCGGGCCCGCAGGGCCAUCCCCAGGUCGGACCAGGAGGAGAUCCUCAUGCUGCACAACAAGCUGCGGGGCCAGGUGCACCCGCCGGCCUCCAACAUGGAGCACAUGACCUGGGAUGAAGACCUGGCGAGGUCGGCGGCGGCGUGGGCCCACGAGUGCAUCUGGGAGCACGGGCCCACCAGUCUGCUGGUGUCCAUUGGGCAGAACCUGGCCGUGCACUGGGGCAGGUAUCGCUCUCCCGGGUUCCACGUGCAGUCCUGGUAUGACGAGGUGAAGGACUACACCUACCCUUACCCCCACGAGUGCAACCCCUGGUGCCCAGAGAGGUGCUCGGGGGCCAUGUGCACCCACUACACACAGAUAGUGUGGGCCACCACCAACAGGGUCGGCUGCGCUGUGCACACCUGCCCGAGGAUGAACGUCUGGGGAGACAUGUGGGAGAAUGCGGUCUACCUCGUCUGCAAUUACUCUCCAAAGGGGAACUGGAUUGGAGAGGCCCCGUACAAAACCGGCCGGCCCUGCUCCGAGUGCCCGCCCAGCUACGGAGGCGGCUGCAAGAACAACUUGUGUUACCGAGAAGGGACUUACGUCCAAAAACCUGAAACAGACGAGAUGAACGAGGUGGAGACAGCUCCCGUGACUGAAGGGAAACGCGACUGGGUUCAGCCGAGGGUGAUCAGACCCAAGAAAACGUCCGCCGCCGUGAGCUACAUGACCCAAGUCGUCAGGUGCGACACCAAGAUGAAGGACAAGUGCAAAGGAUCCACGUGCAACAGGUACCAGUGCCCUGCAGGCUGCCUGAGCAACAAGGCCAAGGUCUUCGGAACUCUCUUUUAUGAAAGUUCGUCCAGCAUAUGCCGGGCUGCCAUUCACUACGGGAUCCUGGACAACAAAGGAGGCCUGGUGGACAUCACCAGGAACGGGCGGGUCCCCUUUUUCGUCAAGUCGGAGAGAAAUGGCAUGGAGUCUCUGAGCAAAUACAAGGCGUCCAGCUCGUUCACGGUGUCAAAAGUGAAAGAGCAAGACGUGGACUGCUACACCACCGUCGCUCAGCUCUGCCCGUUUGAGAAGCCAGGGACCCACUGCCCAAGAGUUCGUUGUCCGGCGUACUGCAAAGACGAGCCAUCCUACUGGGCUCCUGUGUUUGGCACCAACAUCUAUGCAGACACUUCGAGCAUCUGUAAGACGGCCGUGCACGCGGGAGUCAUCAGGAACGACAGCGGGGGCUACGUGGACGUGAUGCCCGUCGAUAAAAAGAAGACGUACGUGGGCUCGCUCAGGAACGGGGUCCAGUCUGAAAGCUUGGAGACGGCUCGGGACGGAAAGGCCUUCCGGAUCUUUGCUGUCAGGCCGUGAACUCGCAGUGCUGGGGAGAAGGGGGUCUUCCAGAGGGCUUCUGGGUUUUGCUUUUUGUUUUUAUUUUAUCCUUUGGGGGUGGGCUGGGGCUAUGGAGUGGCAGGAAACUUCCUUUGAGUGGUGUUCAGUGUCACAUCCUUCGUGCCUUUAUUUCAUCUCUGGGCCGUGGAGAAACAGCAUCCUCUGGGGCCUGGCCGGACAACCGGUGACUGGUCCUGCCGAGGCCUGGCGGCCUCCAUCUGCUGGCCGCUCUGCACAGACAGUCACUCAAGAUGGUCCUCCUCAUGUAGUCUCCUGGGGAGAGAGGAUUCCACAUGCGUGGAGAGAGCACCAGACUCGGGGAUCCCAGGGUGAGGCCUCCAGGGGUGCAGGAAGAGGCAGACUGAGCACACGCAAAGGGGAGUUUCAGGAAUGGGGUAGAAGGUAGUUAUUUAAAAAGAAUUUAAAACAGUUUGUUCAUAUCAAUGGAGAAAAAAAUGAGUUUAAUGUUUGCUGGUCAGACAAAUGGGCCGGAACAGGGGGCUGGGGAAGCGAGACUCAGGCUCUGCCUUGGCAACUGUCCUGGCUGGCGUCCUGCCACGAGCAGGCUGAUUCUAUAUACAGCAGUGCUGGUUUAUUUAGAGUUCAGUAGUAACUCCAGAGAUUUAUCUUGUCUUUGUCCUUCCCUUCGUCCAUGUGGCCGUCUGCUGUCCUGACGUUUGGUCUCGUUGAGGACUAAUGAACCAGGAUCCUUUCUUUACCCCCUACCCAUUGUGGCUCACACACCAGCCCAGACUAGUUUAUGUGUCAUAGUUCACACCGGGGUAUUUGCUUUGCAAGCGAUUCUGUUCGAAGCCCACUUUUUUAAAAAAAAACACAACUCCUCAUCUCUGUUGGUUUCACCGCGAUAUCUAAGAACAGCCAAAGAAGAAGUGUUUGGUUGCUGCUUUUUAAAAAAAUGACAAUUAAACGUGCAGAUCCACCUUCUGUCCGGUGACCUACUUUUUAGCAGAUUCCUUAGUACCUUCUUCGCCGAGGUUAGCAGCUCUGGGAAGAGGAACAGCCUGUGGUUAUGAAAUGGUCCUGCGGCAUCAUAACCACAAGAGAGAGUAACACUCUAGAAGGAUUCCUCUUCCUGUUUUUGUGGAACAGCUCUUGCCAAAUGUUCCUGAGACUCCGAGGAGUGUGGUGCUCUCUGGCUUCCUUCACUUCAUAAAAGUUCUUCAUAAGCCCAGACCAAAACCCACAGUGAAAUAAAAUACCCUUUUGUAAAUAGUGUUUCUUUGCAGAAGGUAAAAUUCCACCCUCCAGCAUCAGGCUGGCCAAUAGAUCACUUUUGUGAACACCAGUUUCAAAUUUGAUUUCACUCCCCAUCAAAAUAUUUCAAAGGCAAAGGAAUCACCAGGAAAAAGAAAAAUACACACACACAUACACACACACACACACACAACUGGUGCUUUGAGUGCAUUCUUAAUUAAUGCAAAAACCGAAGGGGAACAGUUCUCCCCUCCCCGCCCUGGGGAGUUGGUAUAAGCCAGUGAUGGCGAACCUAUGACACGCGUGUCAGCACUAAACAUUUAGUUUUUGGUUUAUUAAAUACAAUUAUAUAUAACAAUUAUACAUUUAUGUUAUUUAAACUAUAAAUAUCGCGAAAUAAUGUUUUUUUCCUCAAAGUGACACACUACCCGAGUUAUGCUCAGUUUUUUUGGCGAAGUUUGACAUACCAAGCUCAAAAGGUUGCCCAUCACUGGUAUAAGCAAUGAAGCUCUUUGCUGAAUGGAGCUGAGAUCUGCGGGACCGUGCUUUUGCUGUGUGCAUUGUGGGCUGGGAGUAAUGCGUAGGUUCUGACUGUUCAACCCCAGAUGUCAGAGUGAGAGAAUCUGGCCAGCCUGUCAGAUAUUGUGUCUGGUUCCCUGCAAAGGCCUGAGUCCUUGGGAACUUUGGGUGUUACCUGCUCUGCGGCCGGACUCCCGCUCGUCCGUCACCAGCCUUUGGUGGCCGUGGCUGUGCUCUGUCCUGCCGGCCAGGUUGGGCUUUCAGAAUGAGUGACAGCCCAGGGGGCUCUCCGUGGCUUUGCUUUGGAAGCCGCCCGCCCGAGGCAGAACCUGAGGUUUCCAGAGUAAGCAGACCCCGUCCCUGUAGAUCAUGCUCCCAGGUCCCUGCGUGCCUCUGUGAGCGGGGCCCAUCGCUCCAACAGCCUGCCCAGAGCCAGACCUUGUGUCUUUUUCAUCCGCACGAACAUUUUGAAACUGGAACCAUUUUCCUUCUGAAAAUGAAAACCAAGACCACAAAUGAUAAGCCCUUGUAAUCAGGGGCCACCUCUAAUUGUGUGUUUCGUGGUGCUCCCUGAUUACACCCAUUGCGCCAUCAGCACUUAACCCAUAAAGAGAUGGUGAACCAGGCCAACAGGGUUUCUGGGUCGCCUGCCCCCGACGUGAAAAGUUUCGGUUUCCUCCGGAUUUCUGUCCCCUGUGUUCUGAGAUGUCAUAUCGUCUGUAGGCUCACUCGGCCCGCAGCUUACAUGUGUGCUUUUUUUCUAUGAAAAAUGAUGUAUUUUACUACUUCCUAUGUACAAACGUUUACUGUAAAAAAAUUUUUUUUGUGCUUUGCAUGAACAGGGACCACAUUGCUAUUGUUUCAAUAAAACUGGUUUGAUUUCUAAAA